CAGGUCGGCUACGGCAAUUGGGGCUCGGUCUGGCAGGUCCGCUCCAAGCUCGACGGGCCCGACGUGCCGCCGCAGAGCGUCAAGCUCGUCCACCGCAGCCGCAACCCGACCUCUUCGGCUCGCGUAAGGGCUCUCUGGACCGAGUUCAAGUGCAUCCGGGCCUUGCGCAACUCGCCGCACCCGAACCUCAUCGCCUUCCACUCGUUCAUCGUCACGCCGUCCUACGGCCUCGUCGUCAUGGACUUCCACCCGCAGCUCAUGCCUGUGGCCCUGCCCGAAUCGCGCGCCAAGGGCUACUUCCGCCAGCUCCUGUCGGCCGUCGAGCACCUGCACGCGCACGGCAUCACGCACAACGACAUCAAGCCGAGCAACAUCCUCCUCAGCCACAAGGACCUCGCGCUCGGGCGGCCCAUCCUCAUCGACUUUGGCUUCUCGCAGCGGUACAGCCUGAGCGCGCCCGACCGCUUCCUGUCGUCGCUCAGCUGGGGAACGCCUGAGUACCUGAGCCCCGAGCGGGCCAAAGGGCUCGUGCACGACGAGCGCCUCUCGGACAUCUUUGCUCUCGGCGUCACGAUGUACGAGGUCGUCGUCGGCAGGACGCCGUUCGAGCAGUCGGAGGACGAGACAUUUCUCAACCGCGAGCAGCUCGAGAUCUACUACCACCGCACGACGACCGGCAAGUUCUACGGCGACUACCUCAUCUCGACCGAGCUCGAGGCCCUCGUGCACCUCAUGACCGACCCGUCGGUUCACCUGCGC